AACACAAUUCCGUCCCCGCAGCAGCGCCCAAAUAAAAGCGAAGAAGAAAAAGGAGACAGUUAAGCUAUGCCUGCGGAACAACGUAAUUUUCCAUCCGUGACGCACUGCCAGCCAUCCGAUCGCGAAUCUCACAGCGUCGCGGCCGAUCUCGACGGCACGUUGCUGGUCUCCCGCAGUUCCUUCCCUUACUUCUUCCUCCUUGCCGUCGAAGCCGGCAGCUUCCUCCGAGCCGCCAUCCUCCUCAUCAUCUCUCCGAUCAUCCUCGCCGUCUACCGCCUCAUCUCCGAGGCUGCUGGCAUCCAGAUCAUGAUCUACGUCACCGUCCGUGGCCUGCGGAUGCGGGACGUUGAACUGGUCGCACGGGCGGUGCUGCCCCGGUUCUACGCCGCUGAUGUGAGGGCGGAUUCGUGGAAGCCGUUUAGGUCUUGUGGCCGGAGGAGGGUGGUGGUGACGGCGAACCCGACGGUGAUGGUGGAGCCGUUUGUGAAGGAGUAUUUGGGGGGAGAUCGGGUGCUGGGGACGGAACUGGAGGUGAAUCCGAAGACGAGGAGGCUCACCGGCUUCGUGACGCCGCCGGGAGUGCUCGUCGGAGUGAGGAAAAGGGACGCCGUUGUCAAGGAAUUUGGGGAUGAGUCGCCGGAUUUAGGGUUGGGAGAUCGUGAAACCGAUCAUGAUUUCAUGGCGCUUUGCAAGGAAGCAUACAUGGUGUUCCCCAACAAGAAAGCGGCGAAAGUUCCCCAAUCAGAGCUGGACAACCCGAUCAUCUUCCACGACGGUCGUCUCGUUCGUCGCCCAGAACCCGGCACGGCGGCGAUAACCCUAAUCUGGCUCCCAUUCGGUCUCCUCCUCUCCAUUUUCCGGGUCUUCUUCAACCUCCCAAUCCCCCCUCGCUUCGUCCGCUACACCUAUGCUCUCACCGGCAUCAAGCUCAUCAUCAACGGCAACCCUCCUCCUCCACCUUCUCCAGGCUCUCCCGGCGCCCUCCUCAUCUCCAACCACCGCACCGCUCUAGAUCCGAUCAUCAUCUCCAUCGCCCUCGGCCGCCAGAUCUCCUGCGUCACCUAUAGCAUUUCCUCCUUCUCUGAGCGCAUCUCCCCCAUCCCCGCCGUUGCUUUGUCUCGUGAUCGUGCCACCGAUGCUGCUCGCAUCUCCACCCUCCUACAAACCGGCGAUCUUGUCAUCUGCCCUGAAGGCACCACUUGCCGUGAACCUUAUCUCCUCCGUUUCUCAGCCCUCUUUGCCGAGCUAUCAGACCGCAUUGUCCCUGUAGCUGUGAAGACUCGUCAGAGCAUGUUCUAUGGUACCACUGUUAGAGGGUGGAAGUUCAUGGAUGGGUUCUUCUUCUUCAUGAAUCCAAGACCUGUUUAUGAGGUUACUUUUCUUGAUAAACUACCUUUGGAGCAGACUUGUAAGGGUGGGAAGUCCUCCAUUGAAGUUGCUAAUCAUGUUCAGAGGAUGAUUGCUGCUGCAUUAGGGUUUGAAUGCACAACGCUUACCAGGAAGGAUAAGUAUAUGAAACUUGGUGGGAAUGAUGGUAGGGUGGAGUCUCUCAAGAAGAAGGAUUGAGUGCUGUUUUCUUUGUUUUUUUUUCCAUGAGUUAAUUUUAUUGAUUUCUUGAUUGAUGUUUUUAUGGAGGAGACAUAGUAUUGGUGGUUUUUUAGCAUGAGAUAUGGAUAAGCCAAAUUAAGUUUGGUUUAGACAUGUCUUGAAUCCUUAAAUAUCUGAUUAGACAGAAAAAUUGUUAUGACAAUUAAGAUUGAUGGUUGUAUUGUGUGUUUUAUUAGCUUUUAAUAUGAUAAUUAAAAAUCAUUGUUUUCUA